AUGAGUUGGUCUGAUGCUCAAAAAUACUGCCAAGAAAACUACGCUGACCUGGCCACAGUGGACAACAUGGAGGACGUGAGUCAGCUGAUUGCAGCUGCUGGCAGCUUCAGUGGAUCAGUGUGGAUCGGUCUGUAUGACCAGUCGCAGAGCUGGGAGUGGUCAGCACCCGGUGGUUUUGAACAGCGGGCCUGCUGCAUCAACAACACCGGGCUUUUUGUUCCGGUGAGCCCCGCUGAAGGCCCGAGGAUCGAUCCGGACGGACUCGACGGCUUCAGGAGGACCUUGAUGAACAUUUUCUUUUUAUUGGGAUUGUGUUCAUGCCUUCAUCACUACAUCCUUGUUAAUGAGCCGAUGAGUUGGUCUGAUGCUCAAAAAUACUGCCAAGACAACUACACUGACCUGGCCACAGUGGACAACAUGGAGGACGUGAGUCAGCUGAUUGCAGCUGCUGGCAGCUUCAGUGGAUCAGUGUGGAUCGGUCUGUAUGACCAGUCGCAGAGCUGGGAGUGGUCAGCACCCGGUGGUUUUGAACAGGCAAGCGACACUAUCAAGUGGAGCUUCAAGCCAAUUUAUUCCAGGAAUCAGUGGGAGUUAUGUGGCGCUCAGAUUAAAGGUGUCUAUUACGAAUAUUACUGCAAUGUCUCACAGCCAUUUGUGUGCUAUAGCGCAAGUCAAGGUGUUCAUUCUAUUAAGACAUAUGUCUUCGUAAAUGAAUCAAAGACGUGGUUUGAGGCACAGACCUACUGCAGGCAGCAGUACACAGACCUGGCAAACGUGUUGACACUAACUGACAAUGAAAUGGUUACAAAAGUGACACCAGCUACGACCACAGCUUUUACCGGCUUGUACAGAUCCACCUGGAAGUGGUGGUCUGAUGGCACUAUCCACAUUAUUGAUCACUGGGCACAAGGACGCCCACAAAGC